UGUAGAAAAAUGGCGGAACGUGUGAAACUCGAGACAGUUGUGGCAGCCCUGAAAAUAUUAAUAACUCCCAAAGAGAAUGAAUCUCCUGAUACGGACAGGAAGACUGCAUUGCUUAACUCGUUAGAUCUCAAUGUAUCCUCACUGGAAGAGAGGCUAUUAAAUGCCCUGGAGUGGAAGGCACUGGGGACCCUGCGGGCGAGGGUUCAAGCUGAGGCCAAGUGUCUCGAAGGAUGCUUUGAUAGCCCUGCAGAGCCACACUGGAGAUUCACUUCAGAGACCCUGCUGCUAUUCCUUUGUCUGAAGGAAUGCAUGAUCGAGCUUGCUGCUUCGUUCAACGCUCCCAAACCAAAUCCCCGCACACCCGAGGCUGCCCCUGCUUUGAGUCCAGAUACACUCAGUGUCUCCCAGCAGAAAACCGUCCAGUCUGCUUUCCAGUUUGUGGUGUGUAUGGGAAUUUGCCCUUACCUAAUGCCUGGUGUAGGUUUACCCCUCCAGCAGCGCUCAGAGUUUGGAGCCCUUGUACAGAGAAUGGUGGAAAGUGACCUGCCUUCAAUCCGCACACGUAGGCUGUACAUCUCCUGUACAGCACUUCUGGAGGUAUCCCGCCACCCGUCUCUGGGGAGCCUUCUGCUUACCAACCACCUUGGGGACCUCAUGACUGGGCUGUGCCAACUGGGAUUUUGCCCAAUUAAAGCAAAAGUGGAGAACACAACUACUGCUAACCCAAAGGAUCUGACUGAGAAGGAGAGAAUUCAGUGUAAGGAGUCACUGCGCAGUCUGUUGGAUCAGGUGUACCAGCCACUUGUUAUCCGGCAGCUUCUCCUCUUGCAAGGUGGCCCUAAACAGGGCACAUGCACACCUGGGAUUGCAUCUAAAACCCAGCGGGUUCCUGCCCCUUCUUGGUUACGUCGUCUCUCAGGGCAGCUACUCUCUGAGCGGCUAAUGAAGCCUCACGGAGUACAAGCUGUAGUCCGAGGAAUACUGGAAGGAGCUGGAGAUGGAGCAGCUGGAGGACGUGACGCAGAAGCUGCAGCAAGCGACUGGAAGAAAUGUGUUGCGGUGGCUAGAAUCCUGGCAUCGUGCCCCCAGCAGUCCCUCUCUCUGGAAGAAUAUUAUCAGAGUAUCUGCCCGCAGAUUCUUGAUUUGCUGCAUAUCCAGAACACUCUAACAGUGCGUCAGUUUCAGAGAGUUGCCACGGAAACGUUCCUGAGAAUGGCGCGGGAGAAUCCUCAGCUGGCAGAGAAGCACCUCUUCUUGCCUAUGCUGGAACCCCUCCUGCGCUGCUUCCAGACACCAUCAGAGACCCUUCCUCACCCAGGAGAGACCCUGGUAUCAGAAAAGCAGCUUUCGCAGUGUGUGGAGGACAUUGUUAAAGUUUUUGUGGUCGGGAACGAUCCCACAUCCCCCGUGUUGAACUUCACUAGACGAGUCCUUUCUACAGUUUUUUCCUUGUAUUGCUUUGCGCGACAGAAUGUGUCCCACUUAAGAUCCCCAUGUCAGGAUAUUGUUCUGUGGUUUUUGGAGAAGUCUGAGAGGGAAACCGCAGUUGCUGCCUUGUCAGGAUUGGCUGGCAUAGAUCAGUCCAUGCCCUCCCUGCCCUCUUACUGCCAGAUCAAACCAGGCAGUCAUGGUGGAGCAAUCAUCACAAUACAGGAGAAAAGGGAUGAUGAAGACGAUGUGCUGUAUGAGAAGUUGUCCUGGGAGCAGUGGAAGUUGCUCUGUCUCGUGGAGUUAAUCUCAGUUGGUUCCGGUGGGGGUUUGGCUGCUGAUUUCUUCCUAUUUUGUCUAAAGAAGCUGACCCCACUCAUUGCCGAGGAGGUUGAUGAAGACACGGAUUGUGGUGACAGUCUCUUAGCCCUGGAGCAGAAGCUGUCCCUGCGUUCACAGUCUCAGGAGAGACGUCUGCAGCUUCUUCAAGUACUGUCUGUGCUGUGCGAGAGGACUUCAGACUCCAUUUUCACCGACGUGCAGCAGGUGGUGGAAUUUGUAGCCGUCACACUGGAGCGAGCAUGCACGAGCCUUGCUCUUUCGGAAGGUGGCACAGUGGUGUCACAGACACUCAGUAUGGCUAUGGGACUCGUGGCAGCCAUGUUGGGAGGGGCAGUUAAGCUGACAUCACCUGAUUUCAAGCAUCUGAAAAGAUUACUUCCAUUGCUGGAGCAAGUAUCCCUCACUCACCCAGAGCUCGUUAUCCAGGAGCUGGCCAGUGAUCUCCGAAUCAGCAUCGCCACGCAUUGUGCAGUACAGCUGCCACCCAGGACCAGCGGCCACCAGGUGACGGUGGCUCAGGAUGUACAGAACAAGAAAACGGGAAUGGGAGAACCAAGUGAUGACCAGAGGCUCAAUCAUGGAGACUUCCAAGAGAUAAUGAGCAGUGCACGCCAUUCUGAUGUUCCUACUCGUGCAGCUGCUCUCCGCUUCCUGACACGUCUGCUGGAGCAAAGGCACCGAGAAGCUCUGGAGCACAAGGAACAGGCCCUAAAGCUGUUCCUGGAUAAUCUAGAAGAGGAGGAUCCGUUUGUCUACCUGUCAGCAAUUCAAGGCAUGGCCGUCCUGUCUGGGGAGUUUACUGAGCGAGUACUACCAAUCCUUCUGGCUCAGUAUGGGAAUACUGCAUCUCCUGACUGCAAAGUUCGAAGCCCAGAGACCAGAAUGAAGGUGGGAGAGGUGCUGAUGAGAUGUGUCAGAGUAAUGGGGGACAUGGUUUCCCAGUACAGAGACCUCCUGAUACAUGCUUUUCUUAGUGGCUGCAAAGAUCACGAUGCCUUGCUGAGGGCCAGCAGCCUGUCUAAUCUGGGGGAGCUGUGCCAGCAUCUACAGUUUGCUUUGGGUCCUAUAAUACACGAGGUUAGCAGCUGUUUAUCGGCCAUGGUCCGGACAGACCCCGAAGCUCAGGUGCGAAGGGCAGCUACACACGUGGUGGUCCUUCUUCUCCGAGGACUGAGUGAAAAAGUCACAGAGGUCUUGCACGACGUCCUGCUGGAUCUAUACCGAUUGCUGAAAUUUGUGGUGCGAUGCGAGACGGACUCAGUCUGCGUGCUUCAUGCACAGCUGGCUCUAGAAGAACUGGACAGGAUUAUAAGAGCUGCGCUACUGCCAUCACAGAAACUUGAGAAGAAAAUCGUAGUCCUUCCUUAGCAGAUUUAUACCGACUGCCAUUCUUGUACACGAUAAAUUCCUGUAAACCCAGAUUGUGUUACUGCGUUAAGCCUGUACCUUGGAAUUCAGGGACAAAUAUCUUUUAAUUCCUGAUCAUAAAAUAUAUUGACUGUAUCUUACGCCUGGUGUGGGGGCUAUAAGAAAGAGCAAUGGCGGUGGUCUUUUUCAUGCCAUUUCUCCAUUGAAUGAACGCUGGUAUUAAUAGUAAUCUAGUUAACAGUUGCCACU